AUAUACAGAAAUUGUGCUAGGUUGUAUCAUUUUAGGCGGAAAGAACGCAUUUCCUGUUGAUUUCGAUACAGGCAAGACCAUCGGACAUCUCAAGAAAGCCAUCAAGGAGCAGGCAGAAUUGAAAAUUCCCGCAUACAAACUGAAAUUAUGGAAAGUCAAUGUUCCCCAAAGCAGGAAGCAUGAGAUAUAUGAAGGAAUCGACGUCAAAGUAAAAUUCCAAGGUAUUGAGUUGGACGACGACCUCAGUCGUAUUGAAAAGUAUUUCCCGCAAGGACCCCCAGAGGAGCACAUCCACAUAAUCGUGGAACCACCAUCGCCCGCCACCACUG